UUCCAGAAACACAAAUAAGCCACCAUGAUGAGUGCCAAGACACUCGCUCGGCUGGCGAAGAAGUGGCAGAGGGUGGUGGCUAUCGGGCGGAAGAGGCUGACCUGGUCGUCAUCAACGUCAGCGGAAGAAACCGGAGGGCCGUGUGGCACAUCAUGCUCAUCGGUGGCCGGCAAGGGACACUUCAUCGUGUACACCACCGACGGUGUGAGGUUCGAGGUGCCGCUUGCGUUCCUUGGCACGACAGUCUUCGGCGAGCUCUUCAGGAUGUCCCAAGAGGAGUUCGGCUUCGCAGGCGUUGACAGUGGCAGAAUCACGCUGCCCUGCGAUGCAUCGAUGAUGGAGUACGCGAUGUGCUUGCUCAGGAGAAGUGCCUCUGCAGAGAUGGAAGCCGCGUUCCUCCACUCCAUGGCGAUGUCAUGCCAUUAUCAUGCGGCAGCACAUCUGGGAGUUAGCCAGCCUUUUGGUGUCUGCAGCUCGUGA